AAGAGCAUGGACACAAGAGUUCAACAGCAGCGUGCAAUGCCUCCCCCAGCAGCUUCUCUAAAGAAAGAGCCCCCACAAAUUUUGUAUGGGAAACUCUCCAACUUCAUUGUAGACAAAAAGGUUGGUAAAGGGCAGUUUAGUGAGGUCUAUAAAGCCAGACUUCACAUUGAUAUGUCCAUCGUUGCUCUCAAGAAAGUGCAGAUAUACGAAAUGAUGGAUGCUAAAGCUAGGAACGAUUGUAUCAAAGAGAUCGAUCUUCUAAAGCAAUUGAAUCAUCCUAACGUUAUCAAGUACCUGGCUUCCUUCAUUGAGGAUAACGAGCUAAACAUAGUGUUGGAGUUAGCAGAUGCUGGUGAUCUAUCUCGAAUGAUUCGUCACUUUAAGAAAGGGGGAAAGUUGAUUCCUGAACGAACAAUCUGGAAAUAUUUUGUACAGUUGACCAGUGCUGUGGAGCACAUGCAUUCAAGACGUAUCAUGCACAGAGAUAUAAAACCAUCCAAUGUGUUCAUAACAGCUGCGGGCGUGGUUAAGCUCGGAGAUUUGGGAUUGGGCCGAUAUUUCAGUUCAAAAACUCAAGCUGCCCACUCCCUUGUCGGAACACCGUACUACAUGUCACCAGAAAGAAUCCACGAAAACGGGUACAACUUCAAAUCUGACACCUGGUCCCUUGGGUGCCUGCUCUACGAAAUGGCUGCCCUGCAAUCACCUUUUUACGGUGACAAGAUGAACCUUUACUCCUUGUGCCAAAAGAUUGAAAAGUGUGACUACCCUCCCCUGCCCUCCGAACACUACUCCAAAGAGCUUCGUGACUUGGUGGACAUUUGCAUAAACCCUGACCCGGAAAAACGACCAGAUAUUCAGUAUGUUCACGAGGUGGCUAAAAAGAUGCACGCUGCUUCCCUCCACUGAGUUUGAUUUCCUGAAAGUAGAUACCCCUGUCAGCUCUGAUUCGUUCUUCUUCGUCGUCCACUUAUUCUAGUAUGCCACUGUAAAAUUUUGCUGAAAUAAGCACACUGGUCUUGACAUGUGAUCAUAUUUUGUGUAUUUGUUGAUCAGGUUUAAAAUCUCGACUGCCAAAAUAACUAGAAUUGGGGCUGAAAGGGUUAUCAGGACUUCCGUGUCAGUAAGUCGAGGAAUUAUUUAUUAACUAAAAGAUUUCGUUUUGUUUUGAGUUUAUGCGAUAGCUUGUCAGUUUUAAGGCCCGUGUGGCUAGGCCCAAAUGAGCUGUCAUUGAUAAAUCUGAUUUUUAUUUUGAGCAUGGCAGCCCGCAGUAUUUUAUAAUUAACGACAUCGGUAUCAUCUUUUCCACGAAGCGUUGUUUAUCUUGCUGUGCAAUUUGCUCAAGUUUUUGCACCAUUUAGUUCUAAUUAGAUACAUUAGACUGUUUACCAUCUUAUGUGUUUUCGUUUAAGUUUUCGUGUUAUCUUUUUACAGUAUGUAAAUAGCAGGUAGAUAUUAUAUAAAACGUAGUCAUUUCUUUAUAAAUUACAAACGAUGUUGGCUUUUUGGUAUCAAAGAUAUAAUCGUAACUUUUUAAAAGUUUACAAGUACAGUAAAAUCAGAAAUACAGUUUACCGUUUACAGUUUUUUAGAUAAGAAAUUUUUUCAGAUUAGAAAUUGAGUAUUUAUUUUUGAAAUCACCCCUUUAGAAUAUAGAAAGAGUAUAGAUCAGUGCAUUCUUCAAAAAAUACAAAUAUAGGUGACUAUAUUUUGACUAAAAUUGUUUAUCUCGUAAGAUACAUGAUAAAUUUAUCAAUGAGAUUAGUCGUUAUUAAUGAGAUUGUCGAUUUAAAAAAAGCCGCAUUUUAUUUCCU